CGCGUUUUCGCCGACGACGAAAAAACUCAUCCCAUCAUCAGAGCGGUGCAGUCUGUCGGGCCCGGUUGGAAGUUUCCUCAAAGAUCUGUUAAUCUGGAUCGAUUCCGGCCAAAGUUAAUUCCUUUCGGCAGGGACAAUGUUCCUGUAAGCCGUUAGCCUGCGGUUUAGUUUUUUUCUGUGGGGCAGGGCAUCUCAAAGAGCAUUUACCGGAGGCUCAAUUAAGAAGAAAAUUUCCAUUUUGUGUGUGUGUAGAAGUUUUUUUUUCGUGAAGCGGAAAGCCAGAUAAAUAAUCGAAUCGACCGGGUGGCGAAGUGGGACGAAGCAGAAAACAAAAAUGAAUCGCCCGACCAAGAUAAAUUAUCGGAAAACGGCCGGCUAUUCUAGCCUCAUCACGUUUGCCGUGCUUGUCCUGGCGUGGUUGUGUGGAUUCUCUAGCCGAUUGUUUGCCGUGAUCCGGUUCGAGAGUAUCAUCCAUGAAUUCGAUCCCUGGUUCAACUAUCGCGCUACUGCGCACAUGGUCGAAAAUGGCUUCUACAAAUUCCUGAACUGGUUCGAUGAGUCGGCCUGGUAUCCGCUGGGUCGUAUCGUCGGUGGUACCGUUUACCCGGGGCUGAUGAUCACAUCUGGUGGUAUCCACUGGUUGCUGCAUUUGCUGAAUAUUCCGGUUCACAUCCGGGACAUUUGCGUAUUUCUGGCACCGAUCUUCAGUGGGUUGACGGCGAUUUCGACUUAUCUGUUGACCAAAGAGCUGUGGUCAGCCGGGGCAGGAUUGUUUGCGGCAAGUUUCAUCGCCAUCGUUCCAGGAUACAUAAGCCGAUCGGUGGCUGGGUCAUAUGAUAAUGAAGGAAUUGCAAUUUUCGCUCUGCAGUUCACCUACUAUCUGUGGGUUAAAUCGGUGAAGACAGGAAGCGUCUAUUGGGCAGCUUGUGCAGCUUUAUCCUAUUUCUAUAUGGUUUCUGCGUGGGGAGGUUACGUGUUCAUCAUCAACCUUAUUCCAUUGCACGUAUUUGUACUAUUAAUUAUGGGCCGGUAUUCACCGCGAUUGUUCACAUCUUACACAACUUUCUACAUUCUGGGAUUGAUACUGUCAAUGCAAAUUCCAUUUGUCGGGUUCCAACCGAUUCGUACAAGUGAACACAUGGCAGCAGCAGGCGUAUUCUUGUUGUUAUUUGCAGUGGCCACUUUGAAACAUUUGCAAACAGUGUUGUCAAAGCAGGAGUUCAAGAAAUUGUUUAUUAUCGGUGGUUUGGCCGCGGCUGGAGUUGUUUUUGCGGGAGUAGUUUUACUGACCAUGUUGGGAGUUAUCGCACCCUGGAGCGGACGGUUCUAUUCGCUGUGGGAUACCGGAUACGCUAAGAUUCACAUUCCAAUUAUUGCCUCUGUGUCUGAACAUCAACCGACGACUUGGUUUUCGUUCUUCUUUGAUUUGCACAUUCUUGUUUGCACCUUUCCCGUGGGUCUCUGGUAUUGCAUCAAGAAGAUCAACGAUGAACGAGUUUUUGUAAUAUUGUACGCCAUCAGUGCCGUGUACUUUGCUGGAGUUAUGGUCCGUCUGAUGUUGACCCUUACACCAGUAGUGUGCAUUUUGGCUGGAGUAGCCUUCUCCGGGUUGUUAGAGGUAUUCCUGAAGGAGGAUAAUCCACCAAGCAACAAAGACGGUAACGAUUCUGAACAGGAAGAAGGCACUGGAGAAAAGAAGCAGCUUUAUGAUAAGGCAGGAAAACUGAAGCAUCGCCCGAAACACGACAGUGCCUCCCAUGGUGCCCACGGGGAGCAAAAUGUUGGCAUGGGGUCGAACCUGAAAAGCUUUGUCAUAGUGGCUAUCCUUAUGCUUUUGAUGAUGUUUGCCGUUCACUGCACAUGGGUGACUUCGAAUGCUUACAGCAGUCCUUCGAUUGUUUUGGCAUUCUACAACAGUAACGAUGGAUCACGCAAUAUCCUGGACGAUUUCCGUGAAGCUUAUUAUUGGCUGUGGCAGAACACUGCGCCGGAUGCCCGCGUUAUGUCUUGGUGGGAUUACGGUUACCAGAUAGCGGGUAUGGCGAAUCGGACGACAUUAGUGGAUAAUAACACGUGGAAUAACAGUCACAUCGCCCUUGUUGGCAAGGCGAUGUCUUCGACGGAGGACAAGGCUUACGAAAUCAUGACCUCACUGGACGUCGACUAUGUGCUGGUUAUUUUCGGUGGCGUUAUCGGAUACAGUGGAGACGAUAUCAACAAGUUCUUGUGGAUGGUGCGUAUCGCUGAAGGGGAACACCCGAAAGAUAUCCGCGAGAGUGAUUACUUUACCGACCGCGGCGAGUUCCGCAUCGAUGCCGAAGGAGCUCCAGCUUUGUUGAACUGUCUCAUGUAUAAGUUGAGCUACUACAAGUUUGGAGAGCUUAAGCUGGAUUAUAGAGGCCCCGCUGGAUACGAUAGGACCCGGAAUGCAGUUAUAGGCAAUAAGGACUUUGAGCUGACUUACCUUGAGGAAGCAUACACCAGUGAGCAUUGGUUAGUGCGUAUCUACCGGGUAAAGAAACCUCACGAAUUCAAUCGGCCAGCAUUGAAGCCCGAGGAACGGAUCGUCCCGGCUGGCGAUUUUGUUUCACGCAAAACAUCCAAGCGAAGGAAAGGUCUCAUCAAGAAUCGGCCGGUUGUCGUCAAGGGUAAGCGAAACAAGUAAACCGCACAUAAUAUAACACGUAUAGUCACACUGUCCACACGGUAGCAAGAUGUGUAAAGAUGAAAAAAUACAAUAGAUAAUACCAAUUGCUAAAAUACCUACUUCAACUUAUAAAGGAUGGACAGCAAAAUGCAUCGACUGAUUGAGAACGAUCCGCGCAUAAUUUAGGGGGUGUGAUUUUGAAAGUUAGUUCUUAUGGUAUUGUUUGUGGUGCUGCGUACAGCAACAACUAUUACUUCAAUGCUGUAAUUGCCGUUUGCCGAAUUAGGCUACAAUGGAAUUCACCACUGCACUUAGCUGUGGUUUCGAGUUCCUCCUCAGUUGUUUUGUUUCCAAAAUGAAAAAAGGCACCUGAAGCAAAUGAAAAGUCCUUAUAUGAAUAUUGUUUUUUUAGCGAAUAAUGCCUAUAGGUAACUAUCUUUUUUGUUUCAAUUGGAAUCUUAAUAUAUAUUUUCAACAUAUCAAAAUUAUAUAAGGUACACCGGGGCAAGUGCAAACGGUUUUCACCAUAGUUCAACUUUCACAUGUCCUAGAAAAAUAUGUAAAUCUUCAAAAAUUAUCAAUUAUCGUUCGUUGCAUCAUUAAAAUGGUUCUCAACAAAUUCCCGUUGAAAGUGAAAAAUUAAAAAAUGUUUGUAAAAAGUAACGGCACUUUUGUGAAAAAAUUUCUAAAUUUGCACUUGCCCCGUUUAUGGGGGCAAGUGCAAACGCAAUGCUUUUUCCAAACUUAUUCAAAGAUGCGUCAGUGUAUCGUUACUAAAACGAAUUUAAUACAUGUUCCGAUAUGUUUUAUCAACUUUUUUUUAUGUAUUUGCUGUUUUUCUGCAAUAUUAAUUACUUUUUGGAACCUCAGUUUUGCUGACUGUUGUUUGAAGCAAAAGACUUUCAUUUGCCAAGGCAUUACGGAAUUUUGAAUAUCCGCUUCAGAUACAACACUUUGGAUACCCUUUCUGACCACUCUAAUAUAAUGCUGAAUCAUUUUUGAGAUGAUUUUUUUUAAUGUCUGAUGUUACAUGGCUUAAAGGUGCGUUUGCACUUACCCCGGUAGUGUCGUUUGCACUUGCCCCGCAGUGUGGGUUGACAGGAGUGAAUAUUCUUUUCACAAUUUUCAGGGUAUACUGAAAAUUUAUUAUAAAUUUUUUGCUUUCACUUGAAUAUCAGUCCCAAACACUCACCUUUCAACGAAAAAUCGGAUUUGAAUUCCCUUUUUUGUAGCCAAAAAAAGCAAAACAAAAACACACUUUUCAUGUCUAGUACGUACUUGAAUUCGUGUGAAAUCAAACAGUGCCGUGUUUUUAGUGAAUAAUUAAAAGAAAGUUUAGUUUAUCUAUGUCAGAUUGUUGGUUUGGACAACAACAACAACUUCUAGAAGAAGAAAUAUUUUUUAAUUUUUUUGUAACAGAGGAAAGUUGAUCGUUUGCACUUGCCCCGAGUUUGCACUUGCCCCGGUGUACCUUACAUACAUGCUUGUAUUUUCUUCUGAAUUCCUUACGGUACCAUUCAUGUCACAUUUAAAACGUACCAACAAGCACGAUUCUCUUAAACUGAGGUUAAGCUGAGGUUAAGGAAUAUAGUUAAGGAAAUACUUAUAAAUCUGACAUUCAUAGAAAUUAUACAUAAGUGUUUCUACAGGCAAAUCGAUAACAUCCACAUUGCGGUGUAGAGUUUUUUUUUCUACCAACGUUCCAAAUUCAGUAGCUUAAUUAUGAAUUUAAAACAAACUUACUGUUCCACAAUGAUGGAGUGCUAAUGGAGCGUUAUUAUUUCAUGGAUAAGGUUAUUCAUACCAAUUUAUUGUAAUCCUCCUGAAGCACUUGAUUUCGAUUGUCUUAAAUGUUUUUCAAGAGUGCGAGACACCAAUAAUUACGAACAGUUUCAUUAGCCACCUGAAUGUUUGAUUGUUUUUGCUGAAAAUGAUCUAAGAUGAAAAUAAGUGAAAACUAUAGCAGAGACUAAUAGAAGUAGUAGCAGUCCAGUAGCAAGUGGUAUACAAGUAGUAAUUGACGCGUGCGUAUGUGACAAGGAAGAAGCGUAAAACUUAUAUGAAUAAACGUAAGCAUGAGUUGAGGAGUUAACCAAUAAACGAAACUGUUUCCGCUAAA